ACAUUCAACUCCUUCUUGAAGGCACUCUUGGAAAGAACAGGCUACACACUUGAUGUGACUACUGGACAGAGGAAGUAUGGUGGUCCUCCUCCAGAUUCUGUGUAUUCAGGACAACAGCCUUCUGUUGGUACAGAGAUAUUUGUGGGCAAGAUUCCAAGAGACUUAUUUGAAGAUGAGCUUGUUCCAUUAUUUGAGAAAGCUGGGCCUAUCUGGGAUCUGCGCUUAAUGAUGGAUCCACUAACUGGUCUAAAUAGAGGAUAUGCUUUUGUCACUUUCUGUACUAAAGAGGCAGCUCAGGAGGCUGUUAAACUGAAGAAUUUAUUAAAUUAGGUGUUUGUGUGGAUC